AUCAUUGGCCAGUCCUUAUAGCAGAUUUAACAUCACCUCCUUCUAUUGGUUCUCCUUCCUCGUAACGUGUCAUAAACAGUGAAGUCCGGAUGAUGACAAUAAUUGUGAAUUAAAACCUGAUAAAUAAACAUAUAAUGAAGCCGUAACAUAUUGUAAGUACUUUGAUUUUGAGGACGUAAAGAAAACAUGGAGAAUAUUCAAAGCCUUCCAAUUGACAUACAGACCAGCAAGCUUUUGGACUGGCUGCUGGACCGUCGUCACUGCAAUCUGAAAUGGCAGACUGCAGUGAAAGAAAUCAGAGAGAAGAUCAAUGCUGCCAUUCAGGACAUGCCAGAGAACGAGGAGAUCAAGCAGCUCCUCUCCGGCUCCUACAUUCACUACUUUCACUGCUUGAGGAUAGUGGAGCUGCUGAAGGGAACUGAGGUCUCCUCUAAGAACAUCUUUGGCAGAUAUUCAUCUCAGAGGAUGAAGGACUGGCAAGAGAUUGUGUCCCUUUAUGAGGCAGAUAAUAUCUAUUUGGCGGAGGUGGCCAGCUUGCUGAGUCGCAACGUGAGCUAUGAAGGGCCGGCUCUGAGGAAGCAGCUGGCCAAAGCUCAGCAGCUGCAGCAGGAGCUGAGCCGGCGGGAGGUGGACUGCCAGAGCUCGGCCGCAGACCUGAGGGAGCGCUACUACACCGCCUGCAAACAGUACGGCAUCACGGGAGAACAUGUGGCCCGGGAGCUGCAGGCGCUGGUCAAAGACCUGCCAGCGGCUCUGGAUCAGGUUGGGAGGGAUGCAGCGAAGUUUGAGGAGCACAUCAAACUUUAUACAGCCUUCACAAACUUUGUAUGCGAGUGGUCUGAACCAGUCCUGCCCAUGCUGACAUUCGCCCAGCAGAAAGGGAACACAACGUUUUAUGAGUGGAGAACGGGGAACGUCCCCACGGUUAUUGAGAGGCCAGUUGUGGAGGAAGCACCUUCUGAAACAGUCACAGACGAUAUGAUUGACUGGGGUAACUUUGGCAGUGGUGCAGACACUCUGGGUGUUACCACCGCCAUCACAGUGGAGGAUGGAGCCGACUAUGGCAUCAGUCUGGAGACCAGCGCUGAGGACACUGGUGGCAUUGACUGGGGUGACAGUGAAGCAGCUCCCAUUGAAAUUGAAAUUGUUGAUGCAGGCACAGACUGUCCUGAGGGUGUGGCACGAGGUGAGGAUGCUCUGACUAUCCUGGAGAACUCUCAGUCACGCAGCGUGUUCAUUGAUGAGCUCACGGAGCUGGAAGUGUUUUUAACCCAGCGCAUAAGUGAGAUGGGAGAGGAGGGAGAUGUGGUGGCCAUGAGCCAGUUCCAGAUGGCCCCUUCUGUCAUCCAAGCUCAAUCCCGUGAACACGUGCGGGGGAUGCUGUCAGAGGUGCGGGACCUCCUGGGUCGCCUCACCUCGCUCCGGAUGCAGCACCUGUUCAUGAUCCAGGCCUCGCCACGGUAUGUUGAGCGUGUGUCAGAGGUGCUGAGGCAGAAGCUGAAGCAGGCAGACAUCCUGGUCCUGAAAGCUGCCUCAAUGGUUGAGAGGAGACAGGAAGCUCUGGAGGAGCAGUCCAGGCUGGAGCCUCGUGUCGACCUGCUGGCAGGACGCACCCGGGAACUCCAGAAAAUGAUUGAAGCAGACAUUUCAAAGCGAUACAACAACCGGCCUGUCAACCUAAUGGGGGUUAAUAUAUAGUGGACGUUGUGACAUUUACUAAAAAUCUUUUGUCAUGAAUUCUCAGAAAUAAAAGUGGUAUUUAAUUGUAAUUUA